ACAAAAUUUAGGAUGAGCACCUGGAAUCCAGCGAACGAUGUGGAUUUGCUGUCCGGUUCCGAGGAUGAAGAGGACAUUGCCAUGAAGCGCGACUACCAUGGGCGCGAGGCCAUCCUGUUCGUGGUGGACGCCAACUUGCAGACGGCCGGCAUAGGACGCUUGAUGGAGGCGCUGAACAUCAUACGCACGGCAUUCAUCUCGGGAAUGUUGGUCAACGACAAGGACCUGAUAGGCCUGGUGUUCGCCAACACCAAACACAGCCCCCUGCCGCUGGAGGCGUCCUGCGUGGAGACUAUAGUUGUGCCCGAGAACUGUGCCGUGUUUCUACCGCUUCGUCAGCUGACCAAACCCAUUGUGGAGCAUUACCUGGAGUUUAUGGGGACGGUGGAGAGCCAGUUUGCCACCGAGUAUGGGCUGGUGGAGCCCGACGGGCGUGGAAAAUUCGAUCUCAUGAUCCGGCUGUGUAUCGAGUUGCUGGAGAAGUGCGGCAAGAAGCUGAACAACGCGAAGAUUGCGUACGUGACGGAUGUGGACACGCCGCAUCUGCCCUCGAGCAACGAGUUUCAGGCGGCUCUGCAGAAGGCCAUCGAUCUGGAGGGCAAGGAGUUCGAGUUCCAUGUCAUUCCCAUGAACGACGACUUUGACUACUGUCCUUUUUACAAGGAAUUUAUAACCCUGUCGCGAGCCAUUGAAUUAGACGCCUUCGUUGAACCCGAUCCUUCACUGCUGCGAGAGAUGCUGGCUGAUCGCAAAUUGAAGCAGGACUUUUUGCGGCGCUGCCUGGGCCAUUUCGCCUUCCACCUGGGCCCCAAUCUGUCCAUGUCCGUGCAGUACUACAAUUACUUCCAGCGACGGGCCCUUCCGCGCAAGGUGCAGAUAAUGCGGCGGGACAACAGCGUGGUGAGCACCAAGCGCCAGAUCAUAGUGCGCAAGCAUGAAGGGGAGGAGAUUAAGCACGAGUAUCAGAUGAAGGCGAACCAGGGCUGGUACAAGUUCGAUUUGGGCGAGAAAUCGUUGAGACUGACCAUGACCCGGAUGGACAUGGUUCGAAACAUGCACAAGCCCCACAUGCAGCUCCUGGGGUUCAAGCACCGCUCAGCCCUGCCCGAGGUGCUCUACAGCAAGCCCUCGAAUUUUAUGUAUCCCGACGAUCAGAGCAUUAUUGGAUCGAAGCGCUUGUUCCGGGGCCUGUGGGAGCGCUGCUUGCAGCGAGAGAAGAUCAUCGUCUGCCUGUUCAUGUCCAAGCGUAAGUCGAUUCCGCGCUAUGUGGUUUUGGUGCCUGUUCAGGUGGAUAAGUCGGAGGUCAAGAGCUAUCGGUCGCAGCUCUGCGGAGAUGGCUUCAAGAUCGUCUAUCUGCCGGAAGCCAAGCACAUUCGCCACAUAGACAUGUGCGAUUGGAACAACACUGCCAAUUCAGCCGACGAUGAGAAGGUGGACUUCUUCCAGAAGAUCAUCAAGAGGCUCCGCAUCGACUAUCAGCCAAACCUGAUCAAUGAUCCCAGUCUGGACUACCUGCAGGCCAAUUUGCUCGCUUUGUCCCUGGACAUUACAACGGACAGCAAGGGAAUCGACGAACUGCUAGACACAACGGCGCAGGACAAACGAAUCGAAAAAUAUAUGCCCGAUUACGAGAGGCUCUUCGACGUGGAGGCGGUUCCCUCCAAGAAGCGCCCGGCCAAAGCCUCCGCGAAUGGAGCCAGUUCGUCAAAGAUGCCCAAAAUCGAUAUGAAACAAAUCGAGAGCUACGAAUUUGUCGAGUAUUUGAUUGCGGAGGAACGUCUAACCAGCUGCACGGUCGCCCAGCUGCAGUGGAUCCUUCAGAAGCACUUCGAUGAGAAUUUGCCCAAAUCUUCGCCCAAGGACAGACUGGUGAAGUGCAUAGUGGCAUUGAGUGCCGGAAAGGCAGGCACAUAGAAUGUAAAUUGAUGUAAAAAGUAUAAUUUGUAAGUAUUAUUGCUAGUUUUUAAGAAGUUUUUGGUAACUGAAUUUCUUUUUUUGUUCGCCGUACACUGGGGAUAUAAUUCCUGGUACAUCUGAAGGCUUUAUUUUCCGGAAUUCAGUUUUUCCUUGUUAAAUAUGAAUAAACAUAAAUAUCCAAGAA